UUUCACUACCUUCAUAUUGGCAGGGUUUCUCCAGCUUCACUUCUAGUUGUUCGUGCAGACAAGCGCAGCAGACAGAGAGUGUCGUCCUUCAAACGCAGUCACCAUGGGGCGUAUGCACAGUCGCGGUAAGGGUAUCUCCAGUUCGGCUCUUCCCUAUAAGAGGACCCCACCUAGCUGGCUCAAGAUCUCUUCCCAGGAUGUGGAGGAGAACAUCUGCAAGUUUGCCAAGAAAGGUCUUACUCCAUCUCAAAUCGGUGUGAUUCUUCGAGACUCUCAUGGAAUUGCUCAGGUGAAGAGUGUCACUGGAAGCAAGAUUCUCCGUAUAUUGAAGGCUCAUGGCCUUGCUCCUGAAAUUCCUGAAGAUUUGUAUCACCUCAUCAAGAAGGCUGUCUCUAUUAGGAAGCACUUGGAGAGGAACAGGAAGGACAAGGACUCUAAAUUCAGGUUAAUUUUGGUUGAGAGCAGGAUUCACCGUCUUGCCCGGUACUACAAGAAGACAAAGAAGCUUCCACCUGUGUGGAAAUAUGAAUCAACAACUGCCAGCACUCUCGUGGCUUAGAAUGAAAUGUUCGAUGAUAGAUUUCCUCCUUCAAUGUACUUUUUGAUAACAAAUUUAUUUCUUUGAUGUGAUUUUCAAGUUUUGAAUUCUUGUUAAAACUCUUAUCCAGUGGUAGUUUUGGUGAUGGAUUUUGUUCUUAUUAUUGAUUACUGAUACGCUGUUCUUCCUUCUAUCUUAUAAUAAUUUAAGUUUGGUAUC